GUCCUCUCUAUUAUUUAUUUAAAUUUUCGUUUCGUUUGUCCCUUUUUAAGGCCACCAAAGCACAACAACCGCAGCAGCCGCCGAGGAAAAGAGAGAGAGAUGGUGGGUUUGAGGAUUCUACUUGAAACCCAGAAGAACAUAAACAGAGGUCCACAAGUCAUCAAUAAAGUUACAAUGAUCAAGACUUCCUUUUCACCUACUAAUUCAUCUCUAUAUUCUCCAUCAACUCUUCCGGCCAUCACUUUUCUCGACUCCUGUUUUCUCUGUAAGCAAAGACUCUUGCCUGGCAAAGACAUCUACAUGUACAAAGGAGAUAGAGCGUUCUGCAGCGUAGAUUGCAGGUGUAGACAGAUUUUCAUGGACGAAGAGAGUGUACGGAGGAAGAACUGCAGUUCAUCGAGAUCUCUUGGAGUUGGAGCAUCUUCGUCUCGUCAUGCCCAUCGCAGAGGGAUCAGAAACCAAGCGGAUGGAUUCGUGUACUGAGAAUCAAAUCCGAGAUUCCAAGAGAGUGAAUUAACUCGAACGACUAGUACUAGUAGUAGUAGUAAAAGGAUUCUCGGGAGUUGCUGAAUUCCAUCUUUAGCCCUGUAGUUCAUAUGUAAUAACUGAAAAUGCCCUUCAUCGUUUUGUUUGAGCUUCCUUGUAAGAAAAAAAAACGACCAAGAGAACUUUUCCGGUGGUCA